GUGCUGAGUGUGGUGGCGCCGAGGGUGCCGGAGGGCGUGCAGCUGCGGGUGGACGUGGAUCCCAGCAUUGAGGCGCGCCAACUUGACAAGCACCGCCUCCAGCAGGUGCUGCUGAACCUGGUGGACAAUGCCUUCCGCCGCACGAGCGAGGGCGUGGUGGUGGUGCGAGUGAAGGAGGGUGCAGCGGCGCACCUGCUGCGGGUGGAGGUGCAGGACUCGGGCGAGGGGCUGAGCGAGGAGGAGCGGGCGCGCAUGCUGGAGCCAGUCAUGGACUCCAGCGGCGUCACCGAGGGCGAGGGGGCCGGCCUCGCGCUCUAUGUGGUCAAGCUGCUCGUCGACCUGCAGGGCGGCACGUUUGGCAUGGAGAGCGAGGCGGGUGGCGACAAUCUGCACUGGGUGGAGCUGCCAGCCGCCUCCGCCGGCCCGGUGCCGCCCACUGGGGUGACCCACGACCGCCCCGCCAUCACGUAG